CUGGCUUUUCUCAGCUGGUUAUUUCGCCCGAAAGCGCUGUUUCGUCUUUGUUUGGUUGCUUGCUGCCCGCUCGGCCACCUGUCCGACCUCUCGCCUUUCCGAGCCGCUGAGCUGCGCCGUGGCUUAGCGCUGUGUGAGCGGCGGGCGGAGAGCAGCGCUGCCCGUGCCCUGGCUUCGUCGGUAAACGCAUUUCCGUAGUUAUGAGCCGCGUUUGUGCCAGGAAUGACGAGCUGUGCGCUUACAGACUCCAGAGAGCCUCUCGUGGAAUUCUCCUCUCUGCCCCCCUCCCCCCUCCCCCCGUUGUUUUUUUUUUUUGAUCUUGUUGUUGAUCAAUAGGGAUCCCGCGUUGCUUGUUCGGUGCGUACAUACUGAGCUGCCUGUGUUUGCCAGGAGGCAUUCUUAGAUAGAGCUACGUCCGUGGUUUCAAAAUGACUCACGUGCUUUUGCUGUGUGACAGUUUAACCUGCUUGGAAGCAGCUCAGCCCUGCUUUGUGACCCCCCCCGCCCAACUGCUGGGAGCUCUCACUGCUUUCAGUUGCCUCGUCGGAGUUGUAGAACUCCACAUGCUCAUCCAGAUGAAGCAGCUCUUACGAAGAUAAAGGUCUACGUGAGGCACCUCGGCUAAACGUGGCACGUAAAUCCUUAAAAAUCGUGUGGGGUUGUGUUAGAAUUGCCCCACGUCCUGUCGGUGCCGUGACCGUUAGCGGUUCAGGCUUUAGGGCACUGAUUUUAACCUGCCGAGAGCUGCCGCUGUGCCACUGUAUGAAUCAGGAGGCUCUAAUUUGUGGUUUCCCACCUUCUCUUUGAAGUUUGAAUUCAUUGUGUGUUGUGCAACUUGUCUGAUGCCUCUUAGUCCAAAGAUUUCUUUCUGGCCUGUUCUAUGAAGUAUGCAAGUCUUGGAGCACGUGUGGUCACAGGCAGGGAAGGAAACAGUGGCUCUGGUUUAAAAAUAAGCCUGUGCUGAACAUGAGAGGUGUUUUGCUGCUUGGCUUCUGCAGGCUUAAAUACUUUUAUUACAGCUUAGGCCUAGAUGAAACAUUUCCCAACUAUGUUGUGUUCUGAUUUCCUAUCUACAUCAAAUUAUAGGAUAAUGACUAGAAAAUCUAAGUUUUGUUGUCUGUUGAUGGAAAGUAGUUCAUCUUAGUGUCAGCUUAGUCCCUUUCUCCCUGCUAACCAACUGUCAUGAAUUUAGCUUUUUUUUUUUGGUGGGAGAGUGCAAUAGAUCUUCAUAAUAGUAAGGUUUCUGUUUUGCUUGGUUGAAGAUAUCUGAAUCAUAAAAGCCAGUAUUCUCACAUAUUUAUAAUUCAGUCAUGUCUGACAUGUCUCUAUUCCAUGUAUGCUUUAAAACGCUAAUGCAAGCAUUUGAAAAUGUACAUAGACAUGAACAAGUUAGGAGAAAAACCCACUCUACCAAAGACACGAGGUUUGUGCACUAGUGUUGUGCCUUCUCAGGUGCUCUGUAACUUCAUACAGUUGUGAAUGAACCCUGUAGAGUACAAAGAAUGAAAGUGAAACUCAAAUCUUUUUUGGAUUAAAAAUUUGAAAUCAGUUUCUAUUUCCUUACUUUGACAUCACAACUGACCCUGAGGUCUUCUAGUUCUUAUACUAUCAGCAGUUGAGAGCAUGACUUGCACAUUGUUAUCUCAAAAGGAGGUUUCUCGUCUUGCUGAUGUCAUGGACUGAGAUGGGGGAGGGAGGGGAAAAGAGCAAAACUGACCUUUAUCAGAUAAAGAGUCUAUAAUCUGGUUUGCAUAAUUUGCAUUUUAUGCAUAACAUUAAGUCAUGUAAAUGGAUCCCUUUUGGUGGAAUGUUUAUGCGGAGUGUAGCAAGACAGCUUUCUCUUGCAAAGAUAGCUACUUAAGUAACUUCUGACUCAAUGAGACUUCUUGUGCAAGGGAAAGUGCUCGCCUCAAAGACUGGCAUUCAAAUGUAAUCAUUACCCCAAGACUUCCCAGACUUUGGCUGGUAAAAUCUGUAUCUUAUAAAACACUAAUCCUGUUGUGAAAGCAGAAAACCAAAUGUCAGCUGUUGUAUAACUUGCUACAGUGUCCAAAAAACCAACAACAACAGAACAUGUUGCAUCAAAAUCAUUUGUUUAAAUGGACUUGUGUCAUACUUUUGUUGUUUUAUAAGUCAAAAAUAGGUUGCUGUUUCAAUUUUGUUCACUUCUUUACGUUUUGUGUUGAAACAUCAUAGGUUUUCUUCUAGGGCACAGCCUGUAAAUGUCCAUAUUAACGCAGUGUGAGCAAUUAAGCACGUUCAGUUGACUUUGCAGCCUGAAAAACACACAAAUGUCUUUCUGUGCUUUCUGCUUGAAUAGGUAAGGGUGGAGUUUUUAGAGCUGAGAGAAGGGCUUCUGUUCCUGACAGUGGUAUUCUAUGUGUUUGUCUAUUACAAAAUGACAUUUAGGUGUAAGGUAUGCAAAAAUGUAUCUCAGCUGUUUUGGAUGAUAGGGCACAGUGAUGCAGGAGGAUGAUGGCCUCUCAGUGGGACCUGCUGAAGUAUUUUAAUCGCUAUCACAAUAUAAAUCUUUUUUUUUUUUUUUUUAUCCCUACCAUCAUUAACUGAAAAAUGUAAGCCUUCCUUUUGGGUACGCAGUGGUUAUGUGCAUGUAUGGUGUACACAUACAUCUGAUUUGAGUAGUUUUAGUGAGCGUGAGUCAUUGUUUUCAAUGCCGUUUGCCAAAACCCAAGUUUUAGGCCAAUUGUAAAUGCUGUCCUAUGCGUUAGAAAGCGAAAGCAGAUAGCUAGGAAUUCAAGAGAGUGCUCUAUUCAGCUUCAUAAGUGAAGGUAAUUUUUAACUCUAGUAGGGCAGCCAACUUCUGGGAUAAUUUAGGAUGUCCACUUGAUACGAGAGUCCAUUUCCUAAAAAUAGGCCUAUUGUAAUUGUGGAGUGAGAGAUUGGGUACUUAAUAACUACAGAGGGGGAGGGAAUUGAGUUUUGGUCUGUCUUUUUUUGCUUACAGACACCCUGCACUCAGCCCAGGGAAGAUGGAACUGCAAAGAGAAUUUUUCAGUUCCUAAUCACUUUUUUUUGCAGGUAGCUGUGGGAGCAGCUUGGCUUCAAGUAACUCAGCAAAGUGACAUCUUUCUGUUCUGUACAUUUCUUCGCAGUUUUUUCCCUCAGUUUCUUAAUUAAAUAGCACUUGGUGUAGUAGAACUGCUGCUGGCAAAUGUCUGGAGAUGUGUGCGUUGUGAUUGAAAGACAACAACGUGGAAGUUGUUAGAGGCUAAGCUUGAUUUCAGAAGCUUCUGUUCCAUGGUGAAAUGAGCCUCUAGUGUUAUAAUAUGGGUUAUUUAUCAGACAGGUGCUAUAAGGGAAGCACACUCCUGUAGGUGAAUUGCUUUGAGAUUUGGUCAUCGCAUUGAACAGUGUCCUUCUCUUUUGAUAAAGGGAAGCAAGGGGAAGGUAAGGGCGAAAAACAGUUGUCACCUAUUGUUUUCAGAAGACUCUUUGUAUUUGCAGUUCCACAUGAGUGAAACGUGUGUGUGUUCAGCUGCUGGUAGUUGUGUAGGUGGGUGCAGUUUCUGAUCCACGUGAUUUAAGGGCCUGUGGAGGAGGACACAGUUCGCUUCUAUUUCAUUUGUUUCCUUCUGUGUUGAAAGUGAAUGAAAACACUGCUCAUUUAAGGCAAAUCCCCUGAUGAAAUCCACAGGGAAAAAGAAGUGAGAAGUAGUCCUGUGUAGGCUUUUUUCCUCUUUGAAAACCGAUGGUUGUUGGUUUGUCCAAGCCUUGCUGCUGUCCCACUGUGUCUUCUGAGGAAACAGGAGGAGGAUGAAUGGGGGGAGGGAACAGAAAAAGGAAAAAGCAAGGGGAUUUUUUUUUUUUCCAUGAAUGUAUCUAUUCAAGGAAACAGGCUUUGGGUAAGAUGAGCAGAAGUUAAGGGAGUUUUAAAUAGAGGAAUGAGGAAGUGGUAGAGUGGAAAAAAGUCGUCAAGCUGUUGAGUCCAAACCCCAGGUGCUCCUGUGGCACCUUGUGAAGUGUGUGCCAGGUGUGUCUCUAUUCAGAGCUCAACUUCUCAUCUAGGCAGCUUCCCGCUGAGGCCUAAAUGUUUGCACAGGAGAGCGAAGCAUUUAAAAGUAGAACAGAUCCAGUAAUCGACCACAUUUUGCAGUGUUGCAGGAGUCAGUUUUGGGAAACAAAUUCAGUGAUGGAGCUUAACUUUGGUUUCUUUCUUAGAUCGGUGUCUGCUUAUGGUUGCCCAUCUGAAAGUUAUUUAGCAUGUACUACCCGAGUAUUCUCUUCAGCAGAUCUCUUACAGCAAAGUUUCUUCCCUAACCUUUUCCUGCAGCAAUUCCAGCACUGUGUUGCGUGAUGUGCUGUCCCACAUACCAAAUAAGUACUGUGAGGGCUGGCAUUCUUCACAUUACCAGAGCAGAGCCUCGAAGCUUCACUGCUGUGUGCUUAGAAACAAAUCAACCCAAGCUCUACUGAACCUUAAACAAACAGAACCAAUAAGCUUUACCCUACAUUGUUGUUUUAACAGUUCUUAUCAUGCACGUGUUGUCUAACAGCUGCUCAGAGGGCAGUAUAUUGGUAUGACUGUUGAAGAGUAGCUGGAGCAGUCAUAAAAAGGGAGUGCACUUCUCAGGUGGGUGGCAGUUCAUAGCUGUGUGAAGUGCCAAAUGCUCUGCUGGGGCUGUAUAAAGGACUUAGAAUGGUUCUAGCAUAAUUUUCAUAAUUUAACUUCUAUGAAUUUAAGUGUAUUCCUUUCUUCAGUCUCAGGUUGGAAAUAGUAAGCACCUUUCCAAAGCUGGCUUUUAAUAGUGAUUAUAAGGGAGAUAGCAGUGAAACACAGCACCAGCAAAUGUCCAGAAACAUUGGUUAGCCAUACUGGAAGGUGUCAGGUUUGGUCUUCACUUGAAACUCCAUUUGAAAGUAGUUUCUGUGUUGUGUCUUCUCCCCUCCUUGAAGUUCUCCAGCUGAAAAUGAGUACAGUAAAGCUGCUUGUGACAGUUGUGGUGGUUUUGUUUGGUUUUUAAGAAAUAAAGUAUGUGGGAAUAUAGGAGGGACUAAAUUAGGUGGCAAGUAUAUUUUGGGCUGAGGUGAAAGAACAUAACCCUUGUGUUUGUGGUAUCUGGUGUGAACAUUGUUGUGCUGUUUCUGGAAUCUUGGAAGGCAGUAAACUGUCUUUUUUCUUUCUGAUUAUUUAUUUUUAAGUAAUGUUUCCUUUACCUUAGUAGUUUGAAAACAAAUGGUGCUUUUGAUAUAUAUCUGCUUUUUAGCACGCUUCUGUUUUUAUAUAACUCUUACAUGUUUUAAAAAUUGUUUUUAGGCUGGCUAAACCAAGAUUGGUUAAAUUCCAAUUUCUCCUGUAGGAGAAGCAACACAAAUUACGAGUACAGAGGAUCCUGUAGUAAUUAGGAAUUCCGCUUGCUAGUAAUUACAAAUUCUUUCAGGUUUGCACCUUGCAGGUACAUAAUUGCCUUGUCUUCUCAGCCAGCAAAAAGAAAUCUGAAAUGGACUGCUAGGAUUGCCAGUGAUUAUAAAACAGGUUUUCUUGAUAGGCUUAUUCUAAUUUCUGAGCACUGUAUGUAUAGAAGAGCGGUCAAACUAUGCCAGAGAUACAAUCUGGACAUUUGGGUAGGUAGUGCUUUAUUUGUCAUUCUGGUUUUUUUUUUUUUUUUCCCAUAGUUGUCAAAAUAUUCCCAUGGUUUUCUUUGAUUGUGUACUUGUUUAUUAGAUGUGCGAGAUGGGCUUUACUUUGUUUUGCUGAUCUUGGAUAAAAUGAGUGUGCUUAAGAAUAUUGCUUACUCGUGUUGUGGUUUAUUUUUAGGUAUAUCCGGUUGUAUGGGAGAAAAUUUAGCAAAGAAGAUCAUGUGCUUUUUAUCAAAUUGUUGUAUGAGUUGAUAACAAUCCCAAAGCUGGAGAUCAGCAUGAUGCAAGGUUUUGCACGCCUGCUGAUAAACCUGUUAAAAAAAAAAGAACUGCUGUCCAGAGAUGAUUUAGAGUUACCGUGGAGACCGCUUUGCGAAAUGCUGGAAAGGAUUUUAUACUCCAAAACGGAGCAUCUUGGAUUAAAUUGGUUUCCCAACUGCCAGACCCUCCCUGUCUGCCAGAUUGCCAAAAUUAGUUUUUGUAGUAAUUUCAAUCAGAGGAGGUCCUGCUCUGCAAAUUACAAAAGUUCUGUAGAAAGUGUUCUAAAAACACUUGUGAAGAGCUGCAGACCGUAUUUUCCAGAAGAUGCCACUGCAGAGAUGCUGGAUGAAUGGCGGCCUUUGAUGUGCCCCUUUGAUGUUACCAUGCAAAAGGCUAUUACCUACUUUGAACUAUUUCUGCCUACUACCCUUCCUCCUGAACUUCACCAUAAGGGUUUCAAGCUUUGGUUUUCUGAAUUUAUAGGCCUUUGGGUUUCUGUUCAAAAUCUUCCCCAGUGGGAAGGGCAUCUGGUAAAUCUUUUUGCUCGCUUGGCCACUGACAACAUAGGGUACAUUGACUGGGAUCCUUACGUACCAAAGAUUUUUACCAGAAUUUUGAGGAGUUUAAAUCUUCCAGUGGGAAGUAAUCAAGUUGUGGUUCCAAGAUUCCUAACAAACGCUUAUGAUGUAGGACAUGCAGUAAUGUGGAUCACAGCCAUGAUGGGUGGACCAAGUAAAUUAGUACAGAAGCACUUGUCUGGGUUGUUCAAUAGCAUUGCUUCUUUUUACCAUCCUUCAAAUAAUGGACGUUGGCUGAACAAACUGAUGAAACUACUUCAAAGGCUGCCCAGCAGUGUUGUCAGAAGGCUGCAUCGUGAGCGCUACAAGAAGCCGACUUGGUUAACUCCUGUGCCUGAUAGUCAUAAACUUACUGAUCAGGAUGUUACAGACUUUGUAGAAUGCAUUAUUCAGCCUGUUCUUCUGGCUAUGUUUAGUAAAACUGGAAGCCUGGAGGCUGCCCAAGCCCUGCAGAACCUUGCACUGAUGCGUCCUGAGUUAGUAAUUCCACCCGUACUUGAGAAAACAUAUCCUGCACUUGAGACAUUGACAGAACCUCAUCAGCUCACGGCUACUUUAAGCUGUGUAAUCGGAGUAGCUCGUAGUCUGGUAUCAGGUGGGAAGUGGUUUCCUGAAGGUCCAACACACAUGCUACCUCUACUGAUGAGAGCUUUGCCUGGAGUGGAUCCAAAUGACUUCAGCAAGUGCAUGAUUACAUUCCAGUUUAUUGCAACAUUUUCUACUUUGGUGCCUUUAGUAGAUUGUUCGUCCGUGUUGCAAGAAAGGGAUGAUCUUUCAGAGGUGGAAAGAGAGUUGUGCUCUGCAACAGCAGAAUUUGAAGAUUUUGUACUGCAGUUUAUGGAUAGGUGUUUUGGACUUAUAGAGAGCAGCACGCUGGAACAGACCCGAGAAGAGACUGAAACAGAGAAAAUGACUCAUCUAGAGAGUCUAGUUGAAUUAGGUCUAUCUUCUACCUUCAGUACAAUCCUUACUCAGUGUUCGAAAGAUAUAUUUAAGGUUGCCUUGGAGAAGGUUUUCAACUUUGCCAUUUCAAACAUAUUUGAGACGAGAGUUGCUGGUCGAAUGGUUGCAGAUAUGUGUCGAGCUGCAGUAAAAUGCCGUCCAGAGGAAUCCUUGAAACUGUUUGUACCACAUUGCUGCAAUGUUAUAACUCACCUCACAGUCAAUGAUGAUGUGUUACGUGAUGAAGAACUAGAUAAGGAGCUUCUUUGGAAUCUUCAGCUUUUGUCAGAGAUCACUCGAGUGGAUGGAAAGAAGUUGCUACCAUACAGGGAGCAGCUUGGGAAGAUUCUGCAGCGAACCCUACAUUUAACCUGUAAGCAGGGUUACAUUCUGUCUUGUAACCUACUGCAUCAUCUUCUUCGUUCUGCUACACUUAUCUACCCCACAGAGUACUGCAGUGUGCCAGGUGGCUUUGACAAGCCUCUUUCUGAAUACUUUCCUAUCAAGGACUGGGGUAAACCAGGUGACCUGUGGAACUUGGACAUCCAGUGGCAUGUUCCUUCAUCUGAGGAAAUAAACUUUGCUUUUUAUUUGUUGGACACUUUUCUUCAGCCUGAGCUCACCAAACUAGAGCACUAUGCAACUGGAAAACUAGAAAUGUCCAGAGAUGACGUGCAGCAGUGUCUUGCCAUAGUGCAUAACUGCUUGAUUGGUUCUGGGAAUAUUCUGCCUCCUCUGAAAGGAGAAAGGGUAGCUCACCUGGUACCAAGUCUGGUAUCUUUGGAAGAGACAAAACUGUACACGGGUGUUGAAUAUGAUUUAUCAAGAGAGAAUUAUCGUGAAACUAUUGCAAGGGUUACAAGGAAAUUGUUACGUUACAUACUUGAUAAUUCAGAAGAUGAUACCAAGUCUUUAUUUCUAAUAAUAAAGAUAAUUAGUGAUGUUUUGCAGUUCCAAGGGUCUCACAAACAUGAAUUCGAUUCCCGAUGGAAAAGCUUUAACCUAGUGAAAAAAUCAAUGGAGAACAGGCUUCAAGGAAAGAAACAGCAUAUCAGAGCUUUGCUGAUAGACAGAGUUAUGUUGCAGCAUGAGUUGAGAACACUAACAAUGGAAGGCUGUGAAUAUAAAACCUCCCACCAGGAGAUGAUCAGAGAUCUUCUUUGUUUGUCCACAAGCUCAUAUGGUCAGGUCAGAAGUAAAGCUCAGCAAGCAUUCUUCACAGCUUUGGGAACAUACAAUUUUUGCUGCAGAGAUAUCAUUCCCUUGGUUUUGGAGUUCUUGCGUCCAGAUCGGCAAGAUGUCACUCAACAGCAAUUCAAAGGUGCCUUAUAUUGUCUUCUUGGAAAUCACAGUGGAGUAUGUUUGGCAAAUCUUCAUGAUUGGGACUGCAUUGCACAGACGUGGCCAGCAAUCGUUUCUUCUGGGCUUAGCCAAGCAAUGUCCUUGGAAAAGCCAUCCAUAGUCAGACUUUUUGAUGACCUAGCAGAAAAAAUCCACAGGCAGUAUGAAACAAUCGGAUUGGAUUUUGCAGUUCCAGAGAAAUGUAUUGAGAUAGCUGUUAUGCUGCAGAGAUCAGGACAUCCCAGUUUAGAUUUCACACCACUUCGUUCAGAAGAAAUACAGCUAGGGAUUCAGAGGCAGAAAGAAAAGAAUGCUGAGGCUCUGCGAAACUACGAAAAUUUGGUCAACAUGCUGUUGGACUGUGUGGAACAAAGAAAUCUUCCCUGGAAGUUUGAGCACAUCAGUAUUGGCUUUCUGUCCCUGCUCCUGAGGGAUGAUAGGAUACUGCCUGUCCGUGCCAUAAGAUUUUUUGUGCAGUGUCUCAACCAUGAUGCAAUUGUAGUUCGUAAGGUGGCCAUCUCAGCUGUGGCUGGUGUUCUUAAGCAGCUCAAGAGAACGCAUAAGAAAGUGCCCAUAUGCCCAUAUGAAAUAAGUGGAACCCCUAAGCCUUCUAGUAUUCAGGCUGGUGACAGACUGGAUAACCAGUGGCUGCACUAUGACAGUCGGAGCUUACCAAAGACUAAGGAGGCAUGGGAGUCGUGCUGUUUUGUGGAGAAGACACACUGGGGGUAUUACACGUGGCCUCAGACAAUGACAGUUUAUGCUCCAGUUGAGCAACAACCAAAGCUUGGACGAAGAAGAGAUGAAUUGACGGAGGCAGAACAAAUUAUAUAUGAUCAUUUUUCUGAUCCCAAGUUUGUUGAGCAGUUAAUAAAAUUUCUGUCUUUAGAAGACAGAAAAGGAAAAGACAAAUUUAAUCCUCGCAGAUUUUGCCUCUUCAAGGGCCUUUUUAGAAACUUUGAUGAUGCCUUUUUGCCAGUUCUGCAGCCCCAUUUGGAACGCCUUGUGUCAGACUCCCAUGAAAGCACCCAGAGAUGUGUUGCUGAAAUUAUAGCUGGCUUGAUAAGAGGUUCUAAACACUGGACGUUUGAGAAGGUGGAAAAACUUUGGAAGCUUCUCUGUCCAUUGCUUCGAACAGCUUUAUCCAACAUUACAGUGGAAACAUACAACGACUGGGGCACGUGCAUAGCAACCUCAUGUGAGAGCAGAGAUCCUAGGAAACUGCACUGGUUAUUUGAAUUGCUGCUGGAAUCUCCAUUGAGCGGUGAAGGAGGAUCAUUUGUCGAUGCAUGCCGACUUUAUGUGCUACAAGGUGGCCUUGCACAGCAGGAAUGGAGAGUACCAGAGCUGCUGCACAGACUGUUAAAGUACUUGGAACCUAAACUCACCCAGGUUUACAAAAACGUCCGAGAGAGAAUAGGAAGUGUUUUGACCUACAUAUUCAUGAUAGAUGUUUCCUUGCCAAAUACUGCUGCAACUAAGUCUCCUCGUGUCCAUGAAUUUACUACUCGAAUACUUGAAAAUCUUAAACCCCUCAUGGAAGCAGAUGAAGAGAUUCAGAAUCACGUUAUGGAGGAGAAUGGCAUUGGAGAGCAAGAUGAGAGAACUCAGGGCAUUAAACUCUUGAAAACGAUUCUGAAGUGGUUGAUGGCAAGUGCAGGACGGUCCUUCUCUACAGCUGUCACAGAGCAACUCCAGCUUUUACCCUUAUUUUUCAAGAUUGCACCAGUGGAAAAUGACAAUAGCUAUGAUGAACUCAAAAGAGAUGCAAAGAUGUGUUUAUCAUUAAUGUCUCAGGGUUUGCUGUAUCCUCAGCAAGUGCCUUUGGUACUUCAGGUGCUAAAACAAACAGCAAGAAGCAAUUCUUGGCAUGCUAGGUAUACCAUAUUAACCUACCUCCAGACGAUGGUGUUCUACAAUCUCUUCAUCUUUCUCAACAAUGAAGAAGCAGUCAAUGACAUUAGAUGGCUGGUUAUAAAUCUCCUGGAAGAUGAGCAACUUGAAGUGAGAGAAAUGGCUGCUACCACACUAAGUGGUCUUCUUCAGUGCAAUUUUCUCACUAUGGAUGGUCCCAUGCAGACCCACUUUGAACAGCUGUGCAAGAUGAGGUUACCAAAAAAGCGGAAGCGAGACCUGGGUUCAGUUGUGGAUACAAUUCCUUCUGGUGACUUGGUGAAACGCCAUGCUGGUGUGCUGGGACUGAGCGCCUGUAUUUUGUCAAGUCCCUAUGAUGUACCCACCUGGAUGCCACAGCUCUUAAUGGACCUCAGUGCCCAUCUCAACGAUCCUCAGCCUAUUGAGAUGACUGUGAAAAAAACACUCUCAAAUUUCCGGAGGACCCAUCACGACAACUGGCAGGAGCAUAAACAGCAGUUCACAGAUGACCAGCUACUCGUGCUUACUGACCUCUUGGUUUCACCGUGCUAUUAUGCAUAGAUUUCUCCUGGAAGAAUGAGUUCGUAGGAGCCUUUCUGCAAAAUAAAGGAUACUCAAAUUGGAAAAAAAGUUGUUGAAAGCUUUGUAUUCGAAAUCCUGAUGCCUAAUCAAAACCACUUUUAAAUGCAAAUGUAGGGACCUGGUUCUAUUCAAGAGAAUUUCACCUCCCCAGGGAGUAGCUGUGGGAGUCCCUGAGUCUCCUGUAACAGUGCUCGCAGAUCCUGAUUGUGAGUUUAUUGCAAGCCCCUUGCCAUUGGCCUGCAUUACAUAUCACUCUUGUUUCUGCUUUAUUGCACACAGUGACUUACACAGCACGUUUCUUGCCCUCUUUUUCUGACCCUUCUUCCCAGCUGUUUCCUGACAUCAAAGAUAAGCAGAACCGGAGAGUGCUGCAAAUCAGAAUAUUCUCAGUGAAGCUCUCCAGUUCUGUUGAUGCAUCUUGUAAUCUAAUCAGCAUAAAAGACCAGGAACCUAUCUUUCUCAGAGUUUAUUUUUCACUACUCGGAUUUGAGUGCCCACCAGGUGAAGGGCUCUGUAUCAUUCAAUCCAUCUCAGGACAGGAUUGCCUUUUUCUAUCUUGUUGACAUGUAAAUAGCUGGUCUUGUCUGUGCAGUGAAGAUUUAUGGCAAGACAAAAUGGGGAAGUGAAAGCUCUUACUGCCUGGCCAGGUCUUCGUAGAUAGCUUGUCCACAUGUGGAAUAAAAAUCCAUGAUUAUCUGCAUAUUUUUAAGGAUUAAAAGACUCUGGGUGUUUCUGCAUAACUAUGGUAUGAAGUUGUGGACUAUGAAACAGUGGUUGAAUUUACAGAAUGAGUUGUAUGCACAGUGUGAAAAGGCACUGAAUGGCUGACUGUUUUUAACAGUGUGUGCUCAUAAAGAUUGUUGCUGUUUGAGCAAGCAUACCUUGUUCAAUGAUUGUGGAAGCUCUGUAUUUUUUUUUUUUUUUUUGCCUGCAGCUUUGUUCAGAGACUAUCUAUUGGCUAUUUAACAACAUGUUUAAUAUGUGUUACAUAGUUGUAAAAGACUGUAUAAAUUGUAGAGGCAUUGCAUUGACAGAACAUUGUACAGUUUGCAACCUUUUACAUAAUACCAUUGUGAGAUUAAUUUGUAAAGAUUCAUACUUAGAUGUUAAUAAUGUAGUAGUUCUGGCUUUUGUAUCAAAUCAAAUGCCAUUAUUAGUUUUCUAAAUUAUUUUCUUUAACAGAGUAUCUCUUCAUGUCUAAGAGGCAGAGGUUUUGUUUCAGUUUUCUUGUAUCUCAUCAUUACUGUCUCAUUCAGAUUUUAAUGAACGUUUGUGGCCAUCUCUAAAUGCUGACAUCACAUGUUCUGAUGUGAUAAGCUCAUAGAACAUGAGGUACAUUGAAAUAAUGUGUAAGCUGGUGUGUUUCAACUUUCAUGCAACCCUACAGGAGCACUGGUACAUUUCGAGUGAUCUACCUGCUGAGUGUGUGACUCAUUGCAAACUUCAAAGCACAGCAGUGUUCCUGGUGCAGUAUUUAAUGAGUGUCAGCACACAGAUGUAACCACUGUAUAGCGUAGUGCCAAAAUUAUUAUUUCAAUUGUGUACGUAGUUUAUGACCCAAUAAAUGGAUUGUUUGUAACAUC